AUGGAAUACAACCAGCGAUCGCAACGAGCAUACAACUUUCCUUUUCUAAAGGUAGCGGAAAUACCUUUAAUGCUGAAUGACUUAAAUAUUCCGUUUACCGAAGAAGACGUCAACAAACCGAAUCCGGUUCGUUUUCAAGCAGCGCUUGAAGUAUUUGGUAACGGGUUAAUGGGGAUUACGCUCAAUAGUCAUCGACCGCAGAUCGAUGACGCAUUGGAAGGAUUCGAUUAUCGAGAACUUCAUUCCGAAUCAGUAUCCCAGUUGGCUUUUGCCUAUUCUCUUCGAAGGCUAAUGACAUCUGCAGGAAUAGAUGACUACUGUGUAAGAGAUGUAUUGAAACCAGAACCCGGCCGGGUUCGUAUGAUUCUCAGUGGAAUCAUCAAUUUUGCAAGAUUUCAUGAAGACAACAUCUACCUGCUUCAAGCUUACUUGGAUAAAUCGGAAAACGUGGAAAUCGAACACCAAAAUGAAUGUCGAAGACGCCAAGAACUCAUAGAUCGGCUCGGCAUGAUAAA